GUAUGCGGCUCAGUCGAUGAGCGGAAAGAGAGAGAAGUGUGAGCGGCUUGCGUUAGUGGAACUACCCGGUAUUCUGCUGUUCUUAGGAAUGAGCUGAAGACGUGACGGCAGCUCACGAUAUAUAGUUUUAUGCGCAUUAAAAACAGCGUUUUGACAUCUUCAUUAAUUUGCUGUAGGUCCACGGGCUUGACACGGGUUCGGCUGAAACUUGCUGCGGCGAAGUAACGUUAGCUUAGCUUAGCAUAGCGCUUAGCUUAGCAUAGCAGGUAACAGUUCUCGGCGUUGUGUGUGUGCGCGCGCGCCGCACUGGACUCUGAUAGCUAUUGCUGCUAAUUUAUUUCUGAAUCAUUGCUUUUCUUAACCGUUUCUCGUAUAUUCGUUUUUUUCUCUUCACUAAGGAUUAAAAGAACAGUAAUAGCUUGUAGGUUUAAAAACGCCGGUUGUACGUUAUGGAGAACGCUCACACCAAAACGGUGGAAGAGGUUUACAGCUAUUUCAGCGUUAACGAAAGUACCGGACUCGGACUCGACCAAGUGAGGAGACAGCGAGAGAGAUGGGGAGCAAACGAACUGCCAGCAGAAGAAGGUAAAUCACUGUGGGUGUUGGUGAUCGAGCAGUUUGAGGAUCUGUUAGUCCGGAUUCUUCUUCUGGCUGCGUGUAUAUCAUUUGUUCUGGCCUGGUUUGAAGAAGAGGAGACCAUUACAGCUUUCGUGGAGCCUUUUGUAAUACUGUUGAUUCUUAUAGCCAACGCCAUCGUAGGUGUCUGGCAGGAGCGAAAUGCAGAAAAUGCUAUCGAAGCCCUCAAGGAAUACGAGCCCGAGAUGGGAAAAGUGUAUCGUCAGGACAGGAAGAGCGUGCAGAGGAUCAAAGCCAGAGACAUUGUUCCUGGAGAUAUUGUGGAAGUGGCCGUGGGUGACAAGGUUCCCGCAGAUAUCCGCCUAACCUCCAUCAAAUCCACCACGCUAAGAGUGGACCAGUCCAUUCUAACAGGAGAGUCUGUAUCAGUCAUUAAACACACAGACCCAGUGCCUGACCCACGUGCUGUGAACCAGGACAAGAAGAACAUGCUGUUCUCUGGCACCAACAUUGCUGCCGGUAAGGCUGUGGGUGUCGUAGUGGCCACGGGCGUGAACACAGAAAUCGGCAAGAUCCGUGAUGAAAUGGCCUCCACGGAGCAAGAGCGUACGCCGCUGCAGCAAAAGCUGGACGAAUUCGGAGAGCAGCUCUCCAAAGUCAUCUCUCUCAUCUGCAUCGCCGUGUGGAUCAUCAACAUCGGCCACUUCAACGACCCGGUGCACGGUGGCUCUUGGAUCCGCGGUGCUGUCUACUACUUUAAGAUUGCCGUGGCUCUGGCCGUAGCCGCCAUCCCCGAAGGGCUUCCCGCAGUCAUUACCACCUGCCUCGCGCUGGGCACGCGCCGUAUGGCCAAGAAGAACGCCAUCGUGCGCUCACUGCCUUCCGUAGAGACACUGGGCUGCACGUCGGUCAUCUGCUCAGACAAAACUGGCACCCUGACCACCAACCAGAUGUCCGUGUGCAGGAUGUUCAUCGUGGACCGGGUGCAGGGAGACGGCUGCUCUCUCAAAGAGUUCACCAUUACCGGUUCUACAUACGCUCCUGAAGGACAAGUAUUUCAUGAUGGGAAACCGGUGAAAUGCUCCAAGUAUGAUGGUCUGGUGGAGUUGGCAACAAUCUGUGCUCUGUGCAACGACUCCUCUCUAGACUAUAACGAGGCCAAAGGAGUGUACGAGAAAGUUGGCGAGGCAACAGAAACGGCUCUUACGUGCCUGGUGGAGAAGAUGAACGUGUUUGACAAUGAUCUCAAAGCCCUCACCAAGAUAGAACGUGCCAACGCAUGCAACUCUGUUAUUAAACAGCUGAUGAAAAAAGAAUUCACGCUGGAGUUCUCACGGGACAGGAAGUCCAUGUCUGUGUACUGCACCCCCAACAAGGCACGCUCCGGCCUCGGCAAGAUGUUCGUCAAGGGUGCGCCAGAGGGCGUGAUCGACAGGUGUACACACAUCCGUGUGGGCAGUAAUAAGGUUCCCCUGACACCAGGCAUCAAGGAGAAGAUUCUGUCCGUGAUCCGCGAGUACGGGACAGGACGGGACACGCUGCGCUGCCUGGCCCUGGCCACGCGAGACAAUCCCAUCGGCAAAGAGGAGUUUCGGCUGGAAGAGUCAUCUCGCUUUAUCGAGUAUGAGACUGAUCUGACAUUUGUGGGUUGUGUGGGCAUGUUGGACCCUCCCAGGGCUGAGGUGGCCGCCUCUAUUAAACUGUGCCGCUGGGCAGGCAUCCGGGUCAUCAUGAUUACCGGUGACAACAAAGGCACAGCUGUGGCUAUCUGCAGGCGCAUCGGUAUCUUUAACGAGAACGAUGACGUUUCGCGCAUGGCAUUCACAGGCCGCGAGUUUGACGAUCUGUCCCCUUCGGUUCAGCGCGAAGCCGUGCUCAGUGCCCGCUGCUUUGCCCGUGUCGAGCCUUCACAUAAAUCCAAGAUUGUGGAGUAUCUACAGUCCUAUGACGAGAUCACGGCCAUGACUGGAGAUGGUGUAAAUGAUGCUCCUGCAUUGAAGAAAGCUGAGAUAGGCAUUGCGAUGGGAUCGGGCACAGCAGUGGCGAAGACUGCCUCAGAGAUGGUGCUGGCUGAUGAUAACUUUGCUACUAUUGUAGCAGCUGUAGAAGAGGGGCGAGCAAUCUACAACAACAUGAAGCAGUUCAUCCGCUACCUCAUUUCCUCCAAUGUGGGAGAGGUGGUCUGCAUUUUCCUGACUGCGGCACUGGGAUUCCCCGAGGCGCUGAUCCCGGUGCAGUUGCUGUGGGUUAACCUGGUGACAGACGGUCUCCCUGCCACAGCCCUUGGCUUCAACCCUCCUGAUCUGGACAUCAUGAGUAAACCUCCCCGCAAUGCCAAGGAGCCCCUCAUCUCUGGCUGGCUCUUCUUCAGAUACCUGGCUAUUGGCUGCUAUGUUGGUGCUGCCACAGUUGGAGCUGCUGCUUGGUGGUUUAUUGCUGCUGAAGAUGGACCAAGAGUCAGCUUCUAUCAGCUGAGUCACUUCCUCCAGUGUGGACCAGAAAACCCAGAGUAUAAGGGCAUUAAUUGUGAGGUGUUUGAGUCGCCUUACCCCAUGACCAUGGCCCUGUCUGUGCUCGUCACUAUCGAGAUGUGCAAUGCUCUCAACAGUGUGUCUGAGAAUCAGUCUCUGCUGCGCAUGCCCCCAUGGGAGAACGUAUGGCUACUGGGCGCUAUCUGUCUAUCCAUGUCCCUCCACUUCCUCAUCCUCUAUGUGGAGCCUCUACCGAUGAUCUUUCAGAUCACACCGCUGAACGUGACCCAGUGGCUGAUGGUCCUGAAGAUCUCUCUGCCUGUCAUCCUGCUGGAUGAGGUGCUGAAAUUUGCAGCCAGGAAUUACCUCGAACCCGGUAAAGAUUUGGACAUGCCCACGGGAAAAUCAUGCUCGUUCAGCGCCUGCACCGAGGGCAUCUCCUGGCCGUUCGUGGCUCUCUCACUCCCCCUGGUGCUCUGGAUCUACAGCAUCGACACUAACCUGUCUGAAAUGUUCUGGUCCUGACUCAUCUGAGCACAGAAACACAAAUCCCACCCCUCCCUCCCUUUACUCAGUGUGUAGAUAGAAGUGUGUGUGUGUAAGUGUGCCUGUGCACCAGUGAACGUGCACCAGGAGGACCGCGUUAACACAAGCAUAACAAUAAUAUAAUAAAUGUAACAAAAUUCUUUUUAAAAACCAUGUCUAGCGGGUAUGGAGGGGACCACAUAGAGCUGAAGUCUUUAAGUAUUAAUGACCAUUAUUCCCACAUCUGUGGAUGUUCUACUGCUUUGGUCUUAAACGGUCAUUUUUUUAUUUUUUUUUGUUAUUUUGCCUUUUUUUUUAGUUUUUUAAGAAUUUACAUUUCAAAGUAGAAAUACUAAAUUCAUUGUCUUGAAUUUUUUUUUGUCCUCCCUUUCAGUGCAUGAAGAAAAGCUCUAUGAUGUAUACCAAGUCUGAACACUAUUUUAUACAGAUCAUUUGUUGUUUUUUUUUUUCCGAGGGUUAAUUUUAGGCAGCCGUUUGACUUUUCCCCUCCUCUCCUCCUUCCUCCUGUAUAUUUUCACGAAGCCAUAACACACAGAGGCGAUAACACUCAUUUUCAUUCUGGUGUAAGGAUGCUUUUGUAAUAAAAUGGGUUUAGGUAGUUUGUCAAAAUGCACAAAUCUGUCAAAAAAGAAAAAAACAAAAGCGAUGCACAUCAACAGAAUCCAGUUUGAGCGUCCUAUACACAGCUGCCUGAACAUAACCAGGGAUACUAGGAAAGCUGUUUACAUAUGUUUACUGUGUCCAGUGUGAAUGUUUGUUUGAAAUUUCCAGAGCAGGGGCACAGGAGUAUAGGACCGGUGGGUGGGUGUGAACACAUCGGCUAAAUCAGAUCCUGAAAUGGAAGCUGCAUGUUGUGUAUCCUGCAUGCAUUACGUGUUUGUUUUUCAUUUAUUUCUCUGUCUUCCCCUUUGUAUAAUAAUAAGCUCCAUUUUGGUGUUUUUUUUUAUUAAUAUAUAUACCAUAAUUAUUAAAGCCAGUUUUUCUGCACUGGGCAGAGCACAGCUACCUCAAUACAGUCUGAUUAGUUUCUCGCCUCACUGAGCUUUACACGUCCUGUGUAUGACCUUAUUGCUUUGAGGUGUGCCCCCUUGGCUUGUGCAGAAAAUAUAUACGUCAAAUAAUUCUGUCCCUGAUUUUUUUUUUUUUUUUAAGGAUGUAUUCUUUUUUGUAUUUUUAAUUGAUUUGACUUGUAUUAACUUAAUUUAGAAGUGUUUGGGGUGGGUGAUUCAUGGAUGUAAACGUGUUCAUGUACGGCGUAGGGUUGGAGACAAAAGAAAAAAAUGUUAAUACGAUAGGAUUAUUAAAUUUAGAACAUGGAUUUUAUGAUGCAAUACCAAAAUGUUUCACUCUCCCUUUUUUUUCUACUUCAACAAAAUACACUCAUGGACCAUUUGAAUUAAAACAACAGUGCGUCUCUCUCUAUUUUA